AUGGCUCAACUGAGAAGAAACUCUGCCCAUUCGGCUGUUUCUUUUGUUCCUGAACCCCAGGAAUAUGACCCUCAUCGUGCUGAGAGAGUGUAUUCUCACGAGUUCCAGAGAGAGCAUCAACCUACUGAUGAUCCAGUCCAUAGACAUGUUGUUGUGCCUGAAUACUUGCAGGAAGAGCCCAACGUGCUCGACUGGGGUAAGGACUUGGUGUCUCAUCCUCUCGACAAAUUAGGUCACUACUUUGUUUCCUUGUUUCCUAUUGCCAAGUGGAUUUUACAUUACAAUGGAAGAUGGUUGUACGGUGACUUGGUUGCAGGUAUCACUGUCGGUGUCGUUUUAGUGCCCCAGUCCAUGUCAUACGCCCAGUUGGCCGGUUUAUCUCCCGAAUUUGGUUUGUACUCGUCUUUCGUCGGUGUGUUCAUCUACUCUUUCUUUGCUACUUCUAAAGAUGUCUCUAUUGGUCCUGUUGCUGUCAUGUCCUUGCAAGUUGGUAAGGUUGUGGCUAGAGUCCAGGAUAAGUAUGGAGAUAAGUAUAGUGGCCCCGAGAUCGCCACAUUUUUGUCUUUGAUUUGUGGUGGUAUUUCUGCUGCUAUUGGUUUGUUGAGAAUCGGUUUCAUCUUGGAGUUCAUUUCCAUGCCUGCUGUCAUGGGUUUCAUGUCGGGUUCUGCCUUCAACAUUAUUACCGGUCAAGUUCCAGGUUUGUUGGGUUACAACUCGUUGGUCAACACCAAGAAAUCCUCUUUUUACACCGUUGUUCAUACUUUGAAGAACUUGAAGCACGGCAAUAUCAACGCAGCCUUUGGUAUUGUGCCUUUGUUUAUUCUCUACACCUGGAAGUUCUCUUGCGACUUCUUGGGUAAGAGAUACCCAAAGAAGAAGAUGUGGUUCUUCUACUUACAGACCUUGAGAAACGCCAUCGUCAUCAUUGUCGCCACGGCAAUCUCUUGGGGUGUUGUGUAUCCUCACGUGAAGAACUCGAAGGUUCCAAAGAAGAAGUUUAAGUAUAAGAUUCAGACUAUUGGUGUCGUUCCUUCUGGAUUGAAGCACGUUGGUGUCAUGAAUAUUCCUGAUGGCAUUCUCUCCUCGAUGGCUUCGGAAAUCCCUGUCUCCACCAUCAUUUUGUUGUUGGAGCACAUUGCCAUCUCCAAGUCUUUUGGAAGAAUUAACGAUUACAAAAUUGUUCCAGACCAGGAGUUGAUUGCUAUUGGUGUUAACAACUUGAUUGGUACCUUUUUCAACGCCUACCCUGCUACUGGUUCUUUCUCUAGAUCUGCCUUGAAGGCCAAGUGUGGUGUCAGAACCCCAUUGGCUGGUAUUUUCACUGGUGGUGUUGUGUUGUUGGCCUUGUACGCCUUGACUGAUACUUUCUUCUACAUUCCAAAGGCUACUUUGAGUGCUAUCAUCAUCCACGCUGUGUCCGACUUGAUUACUCCAUGGAGAGUCUCUUGGAACAUGUACCAGGUCAACCCAUUGGACUUUGGAAUCUUCAUUAUUGCUGUUAUUAUUACUGUUUUCUCUUCCAUUGAAAACGGUAUCUACUUCGCCAUUGCUUCUUCCGCCGCUGUUCUCUUGUUCAGAGUUGCUAAGCCUACUGGCCAAUUCUUGGGUAGAGUGCGCGUUGGUGAGGUUGUCAACCCAUCUAUCAAGUUUGUCGAUGAGUCUUCCUUUGACUCCUCCGACAACGAUGUGGAGAUCCAGCAGGUCUUGACUCGUGACACCUACAAUGGCGCCGACUCUAGCAAGUUGAAGGCCAAGGCUUUCGAGAAGAGUGUUCCUACCGCUACUCAGCUCGCCGAUGAGAACCCUAACAUUAAGUUCCACACCAGAUGGGUUCCUCUUGACAGCUCUAACUUCAAUGAAGAUGUUCCGGUUACUCCUCCUCCUCCAGGUGUCAUUGUCUUCAGACCAUUGGAAGCAUUUGUAUACCCUAACGCCUCUGACCAAGUUGACCGUAUUAGUGAUGAGGCCAAGAGACUCACCAGACGUGGAAAGCCAUAUGACACUUCCACUUCGGGUAGCAGACCAUGGAAUGACCCAGGACCUUUGAAGUGGAGAUUGCCAUUCUUGAAGAACAAGUUUGGAAGCAACGAAGAAACCCACCAAGUUGACAACAGACCUUUGUUGAAGAUCGUUCACAUUGACUUCUCUUGUGCGCCAUCUGUUGAUGCCACUGCUAUCCAGGCUUUGGUGGAUGUUCGUAGAGCUUUAAACCUUUUUGCCGACCGUGAGGUGGAGUUCCACUUCAGUGGUAUUCACUCCGGAUGGAUUAGAAGAGCAUUGAUCAGAGCAGGCUUUGGUACUUAUGGUGAGAAGGACUUGGUGAGCGAUAGAACAUAUGUGAACAUUGCCACUGCCGAAGAUGGCUCUUUAGAGAACAAUGAUGCCUACUUCGCCGCCAUUUCCACCAACACUCCAUUCUUCCAUUUGGACAUUCCAGACUACCAGUGA